AUGUCUUGGUUCGCAGAAACUGCCCGUUCAUGGACGGAGAGUAGACCUGUUGAAAUCUUCAAAGGUCUGCUCGAAGCUGCCUUCUUUCGCAACCCCGAACCACAGCCCGUAUCUACAUGGAGAAUGGUCGUCGAUCCGCCUAUGCCUUAUUGGCUCACCGUCUUCUCUCAGACUUGCCGCAUCAUAUCGCUCCUCAUCUUGCUACCCAUCUUUUUGGUCGGCGUCCUUGACUUUGCCGGCUACGCUGUCUUCCGCACGCUAGGCUUGCAUCGUCGAAGAGUUCGCAUUCAACGCCAGUCCAAAGCAGGUGUCAAAUUACCUGUUGGCCGAUCCAGCUCUCGCCGCAAAGCUCGUAUCUACCAGAACGAUCGACAUCGUCCGACAGAUCGCAGCAACAUUCCAAGCAUUGUCAAAGCACCGCUGCUCUCACCUGGAACGUACGACGCCGAGACGCUUCUUCGCCAACGUGCUCGCAGCCUCAGCAUUGCUUCGGCAGAAGAAGAAGCGGCUUGGAUUGCCAGUGGUGGACAACAAGCGCGACUCAGCAUUGCUUCUAUCAACAAAGACAGUGAGGGUGAUGAUCGACGCGAGUCCUACUCGCUCACCUCUCCAGAUAGUGACGGAGGCGGCUCGUUGGAAACUGAUGGCCAUGUUGCACAACCAGACUAUUUCGGUCGAGCGCCAAGAGUUGGAGUAGAUGGAGCGUUGGGCAUGGCUGACCCCGAUGUUGACGAGAGUGGCACUGAGAGUGGAAGGGAGAGUCCGGUACAGCAGCGCUUCAGCAACAAUCGAAGACGAGGUCUUUCAGAAGGACUCAAUUUCACCCCAGUCAGUGCUGAUAGAGCUACUCCCACAUCGCCAAAGAGUCAGGCACCGGACAAGGAUGCAGGGGAGCCGAAGCAAAACACAGACUCAUACAACGCAAGUGUCGUCAGUCUUUGCAGCGAUUCACCCUCGUCUUGCUCACAAAAUGGAGAGAGAUUGGCUUCAGGCAGCAACGAUGGCAAGCACAGCCAGAGUGUCAGUAGUAAUGACGAUACAGCUAGCUCGAAUAUGAGCUCUUCUUGGAUUGGCAUAGAGCCAGCGGAUCCUCAUACAGGAAUUGCGCCUGCAGCUCCCGUCGAUCCGGCGGUAGCUGCUGCAGCUGCGGGAUUGGAGGCUCAUUCGAGUGUUUGGUCUGACAAGGCGAUGCGCUGA